CAACGCAAUGCAUGCAUGCAUGCAUUUUGCCACGUCCAUGCAUGCAUAUAUUUUCCGGUCCUCUCUCUGCAAAAUUCUUGUGUCUCCUACAUUCUCUCCUCGCCGUCGUCGUCGCCUCCUCCUCGACGUCGCCGGCCGGCCGCCGACAUGGGUUGCGGUGGCUCCAAAGAAGCUGUGGCCACCGGCAACACCACCGUCGGCUCCAGCGGCAGGUGCAGCCGCCGUCUCUUCCGGCGCAAGUCCAGCGCCGUCGCCACCGCCGUCCCGUCUCACGCGCCGCCGUCCGACGAGGCCUCGGCCGUCGUUUUCAAGGAGAGUCUCCACGAAGAGGUGGUGGUCACCGAUGCCAAGGACAAGCCGUCGAACGAUAAGGCCAUCAAAGAGGAGAAGGAGGUCGAGGAGAGCAACAAUGCCGCCGCCGCAGAUGUGGUCGUCGUCAAGGACACCAGCGUGGUGAUCGUCGAGACGACGACGAAGACGUCGACGACGGCCAAGGCGACGCCGGCGCCGGCGCCCGUGAAGAAGAUCGUUGAGGAGAAGAAAGAGGAGGAGGCCAAGAAGGAUGAGACCAUCGAGUGCAAUCAAGAAGCGGCCAUUGACACAGAGGAGAAGGCGACACCGACCAAUGUGGAUGCCAUUGUUGAGAAGAAAGAGGAGAUCGUACCAAUGGAGGAGGAACCCGCCAAGGAAAAGGAAGCGAUCACCGAUGCCAAGAACGAUGCCGCAUCAACCGAGAAUGUCGCCGCCGUCGAUGAGACCAAGAACGACGAUGAGGCUGUCAUUGCCAAGGCAUCGACGGAGGAGCCCGUCGAGGAGAGCAACGAUCAGAUCGCAGCCGUCGAGGAGAAAGACGACGAGGGUGACGACGAAGAAAUGGCGAACGAAGAGAACGACGACGAGACGGCGUUAACCGAGGAUGACGACGAGCAGGCCAACGAUGACGACCAAAGCGUCACAUUCGCGGUUGCCGCCGUCACUGAGGACGACGAAGGCAGUGUCACCUUCCCCGGUGCCCGUGCCCGGCCGGUCGCCGACGCCGGCGAGGUCCAUGACGACGACAGUAGCGUCACCUUCCCGGCCGCUGCACCGGUGGCCGAGGAGACAUCGUUAGUGGAAGAACCAGAGCAGCCUAAGCCUUCUGACAACGAGGUGAAAAACGAGGCAGAGCUACCGGAGGUUGCUGCCGUCGACGAGGUGGUGACCGGAGUUGAUCAGGAAGAAGAAGAAGAAGAGGCCAAGGAGGAGACAGCCAACGUCGAGGAGAUCAUGCCCGAAAAGGAGGACAUCAAGGUCGAGGAGGAGGAGGUGAUCAUCGUGUCCCAGGAGACAACAAAAGUUGACGAGAUCAAGGUCGAACAGGAGGAGAUCAUCGUCUCCCAGGAGACACAGGAGGAGAUAUCCACUGCCAUUUCGAGAGAUGAGGAUGGGGAGUCGAAUGGGGAACAAAACAUUAAUUUGGAGGAGGCCACAACAACGGAGCAAGAAAAAGGAGAGGAGCAGGUAGUCAUCACCACGGACAAAAAGAAUGACGAACAAGAACAAGAAGCCAGCGCCGCUCCAACUGAGCCGCCGCUGAAUUGAGAAAAAAUGACGCAUCGUACCGAACAAAAUGUCCAGUUUUUCUCCCGUCAUUUCAUUAGCAAGGAACUGUACAUGAUGCAUAUCUGUUCUCGUUUGAUUAAUUACAUACUUCAACUGAGAUUAUGACUGCUGGUUUGAAGUUAAAUUAGCACGCGUUGCGUCAUUUAAAAGUUCGUAGUUUAUGGCUUUCUUGGCUUCUAAUGCAGUACAGCUACAAGGGAUCAGUAAGUUGAUCUCGCUUUAUUGUUGAAUCUGUCGCCGUCAGGAAAAAAAUGCAGUGCAGUCUAAGGUCAGAAUGCAGCCCUUGUGUUAGUUCAGGUAAGAUUGUUCUUUAUUCAGAUUAAGUACUGGCAGUUGGCUGCCAUCUUUGCAAGUCUUUAUCCACAUUAGGAAGCCUAAUUUCAGUCCAAAUCAUGGUACAGUGACAGCAAGUGGUUCUUAAUUAAUGGAAACUGAUGACGUGCGUAGCAUAACUCAAAGUGAUGUGAUUAUCAUGUGAAGCAGUGGAAACCCAUAAUUGGUACCGGAAUAUUCAACAGUGUCAUGUAAAUGGAUCAAGUUUAUGAACUGUUCCAAUCACAAACAUGUUAGAGAAGAAUACAAAAAAGUCAGUGUCCUGUAAAUACAUCAAAAUUUAUGAACUGUUGUUAUCAGAAGCAAGCUACAAAAGAUAAAAACACAUGUUCUAGAAAA